AUGAGCUCGCAAACACCAUGGCGACUCUGCCAGCGUAGUCCAAAUCUACGCCAUUGGCCACUUUUCACAACUGCCCCGUUUGCGCAAUCGCCAGCCGUGCUGCGAACCAUAUUGUCUCGCUCCAUUCACAAUGACGGUCCUAAAAGCUUGAACCCGUUGAUCAACCCGCCCGACAUCACUCGACCGCCGCCUCUCACGCUUCCUCGGCGCAGAGAUUUCGAAUCUGCACCGAAAUACUACUUCGAAUUGGGCAAGGGGUAUUUGAAAUUCUACAAGCAGGGCCUCAAGAAUGUUUUGGCGAGUCGGCGUCUGCUUCGCGAAAAGCUCCAACGGACGCCCGCCAACGACCGACCGUCGAUAUUCAAACCUCACUACGUGCCCAAGACAUUCUCCAGAGCUGACUGGGUUCUCCUCUGGAGAGUACGACACGACAUGAUACGACUGCCUCUGUUCGGGCUUAUGUUGAUUGUAAUUGGGGAGUUUACGGUCCUGGUUGUUGCCUACGUCGACAGUGUAGUGCCAUACCCGUGCAGAAUACCGACACAGAUAUUCACGGCGCUGGAAAAGGGUGAGCAGCGCCGUAAGGCAGCCUUUGAUGAGCUGGAAGCAAAGCACCCCCACGGUGUGCUCAGCCCGCGUGUUACCCAGUCGAUCGCCCGCUCUCACGUCCUCAAGACUCUGCAUCUAAGCGGCACAAUUUGGGAUCGUCUAGGCUUUCUCCCACCCGGGAUGUGGCAGGCCAAGGGAGUGUAUCGCAUGGCAUACCUGGAGGGCGACGACAGAAAUAUCGUUGAGGACGGUGGACCUAUGGGCCUGCACUACGAAGAACUACGAAUUGCGUGCUCAGAACGAGGCAUUGACACACUGGGCAAGAGCGAGACCGAGUUAAGAGGCUGGCUCGGCGACUGGCUGCGUCUGACGGCCUCUGAGGAUAUCGAUGAGAGGAGACGGCGCAUGGCCGUGUUGUUUCUCACCAGACCAGAUAACUGGCCUCAACACCGGGACUUUGGUGUGCCGGAAUGGCAGUUGUAG